UCUAUUAUUAUGAAAUAAACCACCAAAUUCAUCCAUGGCUUUAUAAAAAAUUUGGAGACGAAUUUCAUAAAAAAAAUAAAAAAAUAAAAAAAUUGCAUAUUGAUUGCAACUCCGUUACCUGAUGUCAUUUUAGCUGGCGACGUGAAACACUAAACGCCCUGCCGGAGUUGGAACCGACGACUGCAAAAGUGUUGAACGCCGGUGAGAGAGAGAUGGGUAAGAAGGAGAAGGCUAAAGAACGGAGAGAAAAGAGACUUCAAGAGAUACAACUUCUUAGGUCAAUUCCUUAUUCUCAUCAUCAAAGGUGGUGGUCAAAGGAAACUAUUGCAGUGGUUACCGGUGGAAAUAGAGGAAUCGGGUUUGAGAUUUGCAGACAGCUUGCUGCUCAUGGAUUGACUGUUAUAUUGACAUCAAGAGAUGCUACUGCUGGUGGUGAAUCAAUUAAGGUUUUGCAAGAAGGUGGUUUGGAUGUGGUUUAUCAUCAACUCGACGUAAUCGACAAUUCAUCCAUCAACCACUUUGUUGAGUGGUUGCAUGAAAAUUAUGGUGGUUUAGAUAUUCUGGUAAACAAUGCUGGUGUUAAUUUCAAUCUUGGGUCUGAUAACUCUGUUGAAAAUGCUCGCAAGGUUAUCGAAAUAAAUUAUUAUGGCACCAAAAAUUUGACUGAAUCUCUUAUUCCAUUGAUGAAACCAUCCAUUGUUGGUGCUCGAAUUGUAAAUGUAAGCUCGCGUCUAGGUCGAAUAAAUGGAAGACGGAAUAGAAUCAGCAAUAUAGCAUUGAGGGAGCAACUGAGUGAUGUGGAUUGCCUUUCAGAGGAACUCAUCGAUGGAACUCUAUCGGCAUUUUUACAACAAGUAGAAGAUGGAAGUUGGGCAUCAGGUGGGUGGCCUCAAAUAUAUACUGAUUACUCAGUGUCGAAACUUGCUGUUAAUGCUUAUACAAGGCUUACGGCAAGGAAGCUUUCUGAGCGACCAGAAGGGCAGAAGAUUUAUAUUAACUGCUAUUGUCCGGGUUGGGUGAAGACAGCUUUAACAGGUUUUGCAGGGAAUAAUAGUGUUGAGGAAGGAGCUGAUAGUGGAGUAUGGCUUGCCCUGCUUCUUGACCAAACAGUCAUGGGAAAGUUUUUCGCUGAGAGACGGGAGAUCAACUUUUAAGUUGUUUUUUCGUUUUUUGUUUGGGUCCUUUGACUGAGAGGAAGUAAAGUCUGGCCAAUGAUUGUUUCAGCUAGAGUUCAAACUCGACACUCCUAAACGAUUUGCCUUUCACUGAAACUCAUUAACCAAUUUAGUCCAACCACUUGGUUAAGUUUUCCGUUUGUAUUAGAAGAAUUGAAUUGCAACCAACAUUUACGAAUUUUGGAGGAAUUAAUAGUGUUGUCAAAAUGCCGUUAUCAAUAGUGCCAUGGGCUGCAACACCUAUUGUAAUUGUUGUGUUUCCACCAUAGGUCACAACGCCAUAUUUAUUUCGAUAAUAAGGUAAAGAAAGAAGUAUGUAAAUAUGACUGUUGACCUUUCAGAAUAAAAGUUUCUUUUUGUACCAUAUAACUAUCAGUGAUAAGCUAAUUAUUUGGAUUUUUAUGAUUUA